AUGGUGGCUUGUAAGGUCUUGCAGGCGUUGUAUCAAAUCCUGCCAGCGGGUGGUUGGAUUGGAUGGAACGUGGGGCUGGGCUCUUGGAGGCCCCUCUGUUGUGUAAUCUGUAGCCGGCUGAGGGAAACUUGUGUAGCGAUUCAAGGCAUGAUGAGAUCGUGA